CCACCCCCCCCCCCCCACCCCGCUCCCUCUCCUCCUUUGGGUCCCAUCUAAAAUUUGACUUGAAAAAGUAGAAUUUAAAUGGGAUUGAAUAGGGGUUGUCGUAUCCAUUCCGACAAUUACAUGUUGGAAUGGAUUCGACUUUAAUUGAAUAUACCCCAUAUAGUAUAUAUAUGGAUGUGAACUGUUAAAAAAAACAGAUAUAUGAUCACCAAUGCGCUAUUCACACAUGUUCAAAAUAGGUCGAAUUGUCUUACAUCAAGCAAUAUUUCUGGAAUAUUCAACCUCUUUUCCAGAAUCCCUCCCAGAAUAAUCUGGGUGCCGUGCGAGGGAGGACCUUAUUUGGAGAUAUAUCUCUUAUCCUCACAUAUGACUCCACCACAGGGAUAGAUGUUACCUUUAAAUUUUCAAAGAUAAAGCAAACAUAGUGCAAGUAUAGUCGAAUGCAACUUUUGAUAUGAUGGUUUAAUAAAUUGCACUCACAAUAUACACAUAGAUAAAAAGCAUGUAAACCACUUAUAGUGGAUAUGGAUAUAUGCCAGGCAUUCGUGAAGUUACCCUCCCAGAUCUCAAAUCGGGUGAUGUGGAUCAGUGGUCCGGAUACACUGUACCAACUUGUAGGGAACUGUCACCGCCAGGGAUAAUCCAAAGAAACACCAGUCACCACGCCUAAAGCUUUUCGGACCUCAGUCCUUCAUCAGAGGCAUGGUGUCUGGUUGCAAAUAUACCUCUUAAAUACCCUAAUUUAAUUGUCCCAUAAGUGUCAGCUGCGGUAGAUUCUCCCGCCAUAACGAUCCUCCAUCCCGUUUUUCGGCGGAAAUGGCGUUCGCGGAACUUCCGUCCGGAACCGGAAGUGACGAUUAUGCGUUCCACCAUGCGUGUCACUCUUUACUCCACCGGAAAUUGACCUCUUGCGCUUCACAGAGCGUUCCAAAUAACGGGAUUAGUCCAAAAUCAUUGAUUCAUCUUUUUUAACUCCAUAUAGUGUCCUUCAGAAUGUCCAUAAAUCAGGAUGAAGUGUCCAAUUUUUGACAUAGAGUCCAUAAAGUGCAUACGUCAAGUACCCAAAAGAUAAAAAUAUUAAAAACAGUUAAAACAAUCUAAUACAAUUAUAAAAACCAUUUAAGCUCAAAAUCUGAGUUUAGGCCAUUAGGAAUUAAAGAAUUUAAUUUAAAAAUCCAUUUCAUUUCGGAUUUCGCUAAAAAACUCUCUACAUCUCGAUUUCUCCAGUUUGAUGUAAUCGCCUGGAUGCCAAUAAACAUUUUAAGAUGCUUAGGGUUACACUGAUGUGUUGUUUAAAAGUGCAUAGAUACCGUAUGUGAUUCCAACCCCUUUCUAAUGUUAUACGUAUGUUCGGCGAGACGAGUUUUCAGAUUUCUGCUCGUCUUACCGACAUAAAAAAGAUCACAAGUGCAGGAUAAAAUGUAAACCACGUUUUUUGUAUUACACGUUAUAAAAUUAGAGAUGGUGAAUUUUUCCCCAUUUACUUCAAAAUCCUUUUGUUUACUUGGACCUUUCACUGUACGACACAUAGUACACAUUCCACAUCUGUGGAAUCCGUGGCUCCUGGUACUUGUGCGUUUGGUCACAUUAAGUGCACUGUGUACCAAUUUAUCUUUUAGACUCUUGGCCCUACGAUACGUAAAACAGGGUUUGUCAGGUAUUUCCUUUCCCAAAACGGGGUCCUCUUUUAAUAUUUUCCAGUGUUUCCUGAAAAUGGAUUCUAUUUCUUUAUGUUGAACCCCAUAAUUACAUAUAAAGUUCCACUUUUGUAAUUGACUCCUAGUAUCCUUAUCCUUUCUAUUGUUCCCUUUUAGCAAUUGUUGUCUGUCAAUAGAUUCUACCCGUGUUUUAGAGGCUAUAAUGUCCUCCUUUUUAUAACCUUUAUCAAGGAACCUUUCACCCAUCUCAAUAAUUUGUUGGUCGCAUACUGAUUUCUCUGUGCAAUUACGCUUGACCCUUAGAAAUUGUCCAUAAGGUAUUCCGUCUAACCAGUUUUUGUGGUGUAGGCUACUUCUCUCUAUAAAACUAUUUGAAUCUGUGUCUUUUCUAAAUAGUUUAGUGCAGACAGUAUUAUCUUUUAUAUAAAUACAUAGAUCCAAAAAUGUAAUAGUCGUUUUACUAAUUGAAAACGUGAGUUUUAUGUUGAAGUCAUUGAUAUUAAGAUUGUUACAAAAAUCUUCAAGUUCUUCAGCUGUUCCGCUCCAUAUAAAUAAAAUGUCAUCUAUAAAUCGGCGCCAGGACACCAGACCCGCCGCCAGCUGACCAUGAUGCCAUACUUUCACGGUUUCCCAAUACGCCAUAAAUAAAUUGGCAUAGCUGGGGGCGAAUCUGGUGCCCAUGGCGGUGCCAACCAUUUGUACAUAGUAGGAACCCUCAAAAUAAAAAUAGUUAUUGAUUAAAAUAAAUUUUAUACUUUUUAAAACAAAUGACUUUAUCUCCUCUGAGAGUUCAGAUUUAUCAAGAAAAAAGGAGACUGCUUCCAAACCCUUAUUCAUCUCAAUUAUCGUAUAUAGUGUGGAAACGUCAGCACUUAUUAAGACAAAAUUCUCUCCCCAUUGUAUUUCCUCAAGUACCUGCAAAACAUCAUUGGUGUCUUUAAGGAAGGAGUUUGUCAAUCUCACCAAAGGUUGAAGAAAUGAAUCAACCACCGCCGACAGGGAGGUUGUUGAUUCCAUGGUCCAGCAUUUCAAAGUCACCAUAUUUGGUGACCGUCGACCAGUUUAUGAUGGCAAGAGGAGCCUAUACACCGCCAAUCCACUGCCUGUAGCAUCUACUGGGGUGGAUUUGGAUGUAACAUUACCAGGUGAAGGAGGGAAAGAUCGUCCCUUCAAGGUCUCCAUAAAAUUUGUUUCUAGGAUAAGCUGGCAUCUGCUGCAUGAGGUACUCACAGGGAGGUCCCUUCCUGAACCAUUGGAACUGGACAAGCCAAUAAGCACCAACCCUGUCCAUGCAGUUGAUGUAGUGUUACGACAUCUGCCCUCCAUGAAGUACACCCCUGUGGGACGCUCCUUCUUCUCUGCUCCAGAAGGGUAUGACCACCCUCUUGGAGGGGGGAGAGAAGUCUGGUUUGGAUUUCACCAAUCUGUCCGACCUGCCAUGUGGAAAAUGAUGCUUAAUAUAGACGUCUCUGCCACUGCCUUCUACAAAGCACAACCCGUUAUCCAGUUCAUGUGUGAAGUUCUAGAUAUUCAUAACAUUGAUGAACAACCGCGACCUCUGACUGAUUCUCACCGGGUAAAAUUCACCAAAGAGAUAAAGGGUCUGAAGGUUGAAGUGACUCAUUGUGGAACAAUGAGACGGAAAUACCGUGUUUGCAAUGUGACAAGGAGGCCUGCCAGCCAUCAAACCUUCCCUUUACAGUUGGAGAAUGGGCAGACCGUAGAAAGAACAGUCGCUCAGUACUUUAGGGAAAAGUAUAGUCUCCAGCUGAAAUAUCCUCAUUUGCCCUGUCUGCAAGUUGGACAGGAACAGAAACACACAUACCUGCCUCUAGAAGUCUGUAAUAUUGUAGCUGGCCAGCGAUGCAUCAAGAAACUGACUGACAAUCAGACCUCCACUAUGAUCAAAGCAACAGCUCGAUCUGCCCCAGACAGGCAGGAAGAGAUCAGCAGGCUGGUUAGAAGUGCAAAUUAUGAUGCAGACCCAUUUGUUCAAGAAUUCCAAUUUAAGGUGCGGGACGAAAUGGCUCACGUGACGGGGAGAGUACUUCCGGCACCAAUGUUACAAUAUGGAGGGAGAAACCGCACAGUGGCAACUCCCAGCCAUGGGGUUUGGGACAUGCGGGGGAAACAGUUCCACACUGGUGUGGAGAUAAAAAUGUGGGCCAUUGCAUGCUUUGCAACACAGAGACAGUGCAGAGAAGAAAUCUUGAAAGGAUUCACUGACCAGCUGAGGAAGAUCUCAAAGGAUGCUGGGAUGCCCAUCCAGGGUCAGCCAUGCUUCUGUAAAUACGCGCAGGGCGCGGACAGUGUGGAGCCAAUGUUCAGACACCUCAAAAACACAUAUUCUGGUCUCCAGCUCAUUAUCGUCAUAUUGCCAGGAAAAACGCCAGUCUAUGCGGAGGUAAAGCGAGUUGGGGACACAUUACUAGGAAUGGCUACACAGUGUGUCCAAGUGAAGAAUGUAAUAAAAACAUCUCCUCAAACUCUCUCAAAUCUGUGCCUAAAAAUUAAUGUCAAACUGGGAGGGAUUAACAAUAUCCUAGUCCCACAUCAACGACCGUCUGUGUUCCAACAACCAGUUAUCUUCUUGGGAGCAGACGUUACUCACCCUCCUGCCGGUGAUGGCAAAAAGCCUUCAAUUGCUGCUGUUGUAGGCAGUAUGGAUGCCCACCCGAGCCGCUACUGUGCAACAGUGAGGGUGCAGCGUCCUCGGCAGGAGAUUAUUCAUGACCUAGCUUCCAUGGUCCGGGAGCUUCUCAUCCAGUUCUACAAAUCAACACGCUUCAAACCCACUCGAAUCAUCUUCUACCGAGAUGGGGUCUCAGAAGGACAGUUUAGACAGCAGGUAUUAUAUUAUGAGCUGCUAGCAAUCAGAGAAGCCUGUAUUAGUCUGGAGAAAGACUACCAGCCUGGAAUCACCUAUAUUGUAGUGCAGAAAAGACAUCACACAAGGUUGUUCUGUGCGGAUCGAACUGAAAGGGUUGGAAGGAGUGGAAACAUCCCAGCUGGAACAACUGUGGACACAGACAUAACACAUCCAUACGAGUUUGAUUUUUACCUCUGCAGCCAUGCUGGAAUACAGGGUACUAGCAGGCCUUCUCACUAUCAUGUCUUGUGGGAUGAUAACUGUUUCACUGCUGAUGAACUCCAGCUGCUGACCUACCAGCUGUGCCACACAUACGUGCGAUGCACGAGAUCAGUCUCUAUCCCAGCACCUGCCUAUUAUGCCCACCUAGUGGCAUUCAGAGCUAGGUACCAUCUCGUGGACAAGGAGCAUGACAGUGCUGAAGGAAGCCACGUAUCUGGUCAGAGCAAUGGUCGGGACCCACAAGCCCUUGCCAAGGCCGUGCAAAUUCACCAGGAUACCUUACGUACCAUGUACUUCGCAUGAAAGCAACUGUUGCCCACAAACAUGCACAGGUUUGACUUACUACAAGGAACCUGGAGGAUCUCAUGUGGGUUUCAAGGCCCAGUAGGGUGAUUCACUUUCUCCUGACUUCCCACCUCUCCCUAGCCUUCUCUCCUGGCUUGCACUGAAGCCCAGGUGCAGUGAUAGAGGGGAGAGCUAGUCCUGGGAAUAGAAGAUGAUUGAGGAAUACAGCACUAUUAUGCAAUAUGAAACCAGCCAACUGCUAGAUUGUUGUAAUGGAGCCUCCACUAGGAUGCACUGCUUAUGUUUUGUCUUUCUUUUACUUUCCAAUAUUUUAACCCUUUUAUGCCUUUACCUCAAAUUGCUCUGCAGCAUUAGCUGUCUGCGCAAAAAAAAACAACAAGAAAAGCAAAAUAUAGGGAUGUAUGUGAGAAUGUUAGCAUAUCUGUACACACUGGGGCUUGGCUGGCAGAGGACAUAAUAUAUCAUUUACUUGUGAUACAGCAGUAUGAUCAAACUUGCUGUAGGUAUUUUUAAAUGUAGUUAAUGUAAUGCUUAUUCUUGUAGCAACAGAUGAUUAUAGGAAGACUAAACUGAUCUAAUUUACCUUUCACCUCUUAACCCCUUGUGGUUAUAUGGGAGUGAUUUGUAAAACUCUCGCUGCACAGGGGUUGAAAUCCAGAAACAGCCUAUCUCGUGUGUGUCCUGGUAUGUAUGUAUGUAUGUAUGUAUGUAUGUAUACACACAUAUGUGUGUAACUUUGGAAUACAUAUAUGUGUAUAUGUAUAUUUAUGUGUGUGCGUAUGUAUGUGAAUAUUGGAUAUGAAGUUGAAGGAUGUGCAAAGAGGAUUUAGCUUUGUGGCACAGCUGUUCAUGGUCUGCUCUCUUUCAUCUUUUUCUUUUUUCUUUUAUGUCAUAUACAUGUGCACAAGUCACAUCACUCAGUGCUUCCCCUUCAUUCCUCCUGCAUCUUUGUAUUGCACAUGCUCAGCGAUGAGGCACUGCAGAUGACUAGAUAAACUCCAGCCCUCUUACAUAGGGUAUCAGAUGCUUAUUCCUUGCACUGCAGCAACACCCUUGUUGGCAUUGGGUUAGGUAAAGCUAGCGCAUGGUUUGUUCUGGAGUCUUGAGCAAAAGCCUGUGUUAUAAUGAAACAAAGCCUGCCUAUCUUGCUCUGUAUUUUUCUUCAUGUUCAGACAAUGAAGAAACGUCAUUGGUAAUGCCCUCUCAUUAAGACUUUUAUCCAGGCAGUUCUGCUUAUUCUGCACGCUACCAAGUGUUUCCCCAUCCUCAUACCCUAGGCGGAGCUCCUCUACAACAUUGCACCCUUCAUACAAAGUAGGAAUGGGGGAAUUUACUUUUUAUUUGGAUCUAUGUAAUAUAUACAUUUUCAUGGUUGUUUGUGGGAAUGUUAAACUUUUCUAGUACUUUUAUUUUUUUUAUAUUUAUUAGAAUAAUUACACUAAUUUAAUUAUUUCUGAGCAUUUUCUCUGCAACCAUGUUUUUUGUUUUUUUUUAAACUAAGAAAAUAUGUACGUCUGUGUGACAGUUUUAGAUUUUUAUUUCCAUUUUAAUACUAUGAGCAUAACUUUGGAAGAGGUCUGCUUUACAUUGCUGGUCCCUCUGUCUACUUUGUUGUUUAAUAUAGAUAAAUGCCUUAAUUAUGAAAGCAAAGUGUCCAAAUAGUAAACUAUAGAACACUGAAACUUUCUGAAAGGUAUUGUUUCUACCCAGAAAUGUGUUCUCAUCAGUGAAUUGUGCUAUGUUUGGUACUUACGCUUUACAUGCCUAAAUCUAAGUUUUCAUUUUCCUGUAUGGGACCAAUAAGAUUUCUUUACUACACUUUGUCCAAACCUAUUCAAGUUACUUUAGUGUUUGGGGAUAAGUAAGAGCUAUAAAUCGUUAUACGGAACACUGAGCCCAAAAGCACUGAUAAUUCUAGCCGAUGUCAGGCUAAUGAAAAGGCUAAGAUCUCAUAGUUUGAUGCACGUUAAAACACAAAGUCCUAUUCAUGAUUCUGUUGCUUAGAAACUUUGUACUGGCCAAUCUAAACUAAAAUCCUCAACAAAUGAUUUAUUUUGCUUCAUGGUUUAAGUGACAAUAUUAACUUUUCCACUUCAGUUUUGCACAAAUCUAUGGUCUUUUAAGUUACUUCUGAACCGAUAGGCUUCUGAAAAUGGAAAUGUUGUGUUGCCUUGUACACCUGCAUUGGACAUACAUGUGGAAGUUUAGCAAAGCUUGGUGAGAGAUGAAGUAGCAACCAAUAAGCUCCUGUCAUUUCUCAAGCACAGCCUGUAAAGUGACAGGUAGAAUUGGAUUGAUUGGUACUUUAUCUCUCUCCUCUUUAUCACUCCCUUAGCUUUGAUAUCUCCCCCCCCCCCCCCCCCCCCUCUGGCUGCUGCUGUUACAUUUCUUGAAAAAAGUAACAUUUUUACAAGUUUAUAAGUAAUUGAAAUGAUUUUGGGGCAGAUAUAUUAAUCUGUGGAGAGAGAUAAACUACCAACCAAUCAGCUCCUGUCAUUUUUUCAUACACAGCCUGUAACAUGGCAGUUAGGAGCUGAUUGGUGCUUUAUCUCUCUGCACUUUAUCACUCUCCAAUGCUUAGUACAUCUCCCCCUUUUUCUUAAUGGAACGAUGGGUACAAAAUAAAACCCAAGCAAUACAUAUUUUCAUAUUUAUCUAAAAUUGCUAUGCUAUGUUGAGACCAAAAAAAAUAAAUACAAAUCUUUGCUUCUAUGACAUCAUAUCACUUUCUAUGUUUAAAGUGGAAGACUCCUUUCCCCCAAUCUGGCACUGGUACCCAAUAUACUGCCUGUGCUUAAUGUGGCCUUUAUAGUAUUAUAGAGAUGGCAAUCUUUAGAGCUUACUUGUUUUCUUGUAGCACCCUCUUACCCCCUUUAGAUUAUGGUGUCAGAAAAUGAAUAGAUUAGAUUAAGUGCACUGACCAAGAGGACGUGAUGUAGACAGAAUAAAGGGUUUAUUUGAUUAGCAAGCUGACUCUUCCCGACUUGUUUAAGUCUGACAUUUUAAAGCGUAAAGCUUUUAAUAACAAUGCACCAUAUGUUUCCCUUUUGAAAUUUCUAUCUUAAACAUGUGGAAGUCACCAUUUAGUAAAUGAAACCCUUCAGAUUAACCUAUACUUUCUCCUGGUAUGAUUUUUUGCAGUCCAGGCAACAGUAGCUUAACACGGGAGGCAGUCAGUUGACCGUCGGACGGGAUCCCGGCGGUCAUUAUACUGACGCCGGAAUCCCGACACAAGCUGCAGUUCCAGCGGUCGGAGUGCCGACUGCCGGCUGAUACCCCCACUUGGGUCAUGGUCCACGCCACAACUCGGGGAAUAGAAUCCUGUCGCCACCAGGCCCGAAGAGUGGCUAGCCCAGCGGACCCGCAAGGGGACAUGCAACAUUCGCCGCCAGGUCCCGACCGCCGGGAUCUCAUACUGAUCCCCUUAACACUAGUAAGGUCUUUCCUUUACUCUCUGCUACAGAUCCAGGAUCUGAUAACCUGACCCAGUGCUACAGGACAUAACAAACAGGGUAAUUCCAACUUCAUCAUACUUGAGUGUUUCAAGCACAUUGGCACAAUAAGUGUUUCCUGCAUCAGUUUCAUUGGACCACAGUCCUUCAAAAAAUGUCUAAGCUACAUUUGCUGUUCAGCUCAUGUAAAAAGUAUAUGCAUAUCUGAUAGCUUUUCAAAUAUACUUCCCCUUUAAUGAAAGUAUGUAUGUCAGUAUAAAGCUAUUGUAUUAGUAAGAGAGUUUGAUGUAAAAAGAUCAAAUCUACCUAAACCUUGUUGGUUGUUAUUUGAAGUGGUUUCCCAUAUUGAACAUGUCAGUAUGUCAGUGGUGACAUCUUUGGCGAUUGUAGCACUGUAGAUGAUGAUGUUGGCUAAAUUAUUACAUUUUGUCUCCAUUAUCAUCUUUAUAUUCAACUGAAGGCAAAAAAACGACGCCUACAAAGUUAAUAUGUUUUGUUCUCCAAAGUAUAGAACAGCUUCUUGCUCAUUGGAAAUAGUUCCAGUGCAAUUACUGCAAUAAACAACAUCUAAAAGCAAAUGAACAACAUCUAAA